AUGAAGCUCUCUUGCUUCGGCUGUUCAACGUCCAUAUGCGCACUCCUGGCAAGUGUAGCUGAAGCUUCUACAUUGACACCUCCGAUUCUUCCACUGUUCGUUCGAACACCCUACUUCAAUAGCUGGCUUGCGAAUGCCAGAGACGUACCAUGGAGUCAUUGGCCCAUAUUUUGGACAGGAGGAUCGCUCGGCAUGGCGAUAAUGGCAUCCUCGCCGGACACUAAAGAUGUUUACCCUCUUCUUGGUAGGGUCCAAGAUUUCCUCGAAACUGACGUUGAAAGAUACAAUGUUUCGUACCCGGAUUAUAAAGGCGCAAGUUAUGAUGCCUCGACCACGAACCUUACCUACAUGAUCCCCGCUCCUACGCCCGGUUCUAAGCCUCUGGAGCUUAAGUUAUCAUUCCUCUCCCCGAUCACACCCACAUCCACCUUGAGACAAUCAAUACCUGCAGCGUACCUGACUGUCUAUGUAUCUGGGGAUUUCGACCUCGACAUAUACAUCGAUGUCAACGGUGAAUGGGUGAGCGGGACUAAAAAUGCAAAGAUUGAGUGGGAGCUUUUGAACAAUGGAGAUGCCAGAGGCACGAAGCUAUUAAAGACUUGGAAGGUCAAUCGUGCGCAGCAAUUGCUAUACACCGAAAUAUACGACCAAUCAGAGUGGGGACAUCUUCUCUUCAGUGCUCCCGCGGGCGUCAGACAUGAAGCUGGUAGAGCUAAGACCCUUAGACAGCGGUUUUCACGGACUGGUACAUUACAGAAUCAGGUUGAUAACGACUUUCGAGGAGUCAUGGAACGUGAGCCGGUCUUUGCGUUCUCAAAGAGCUUCAAGUUAGCCCAAAACUCCUCGACGACUGCCACAAAGGCAGUACAUGACAAAGUCCAAUUCACAUUGGCUCAUAUGCAGGACCCAGUAGUUCAAUUUGCCAGCGCUCGAGGCCUCCUGCAUGCGAAGCCGUUAUGGAAGUCAUGGUUCUUGACGGAUGAGAAAGUGAUCGACUAUCAUUAUUUGGACUUUCACAACGCGCAAGCGCUUGCCCAGAAUUACUCUGAUCAGCUCGCUGCAGAUGCAUUUCAAUCUGGCUCGCAUGACUAUGUUGAUAUUGUUGCUUUGUCUGCUCGACAAGUCCUAGGCGCCACCUCGUUUUCUGGAACACCUGACAAUCCUCUACUCUUCCUCAAAGAAAUCUCAAGUAACGGCAAUACACAGACUGUGGAUGUAAUUUUCCCUGCGUUCCCGUUUUUCCUGUACACGAAUCCACGAUGGCUUUCGUACCUCUUGGAGCCGCUAAUUGAGCAUCAGCUGAGCGGCCAGUACCCUAAUGACUACUCGAUGCAUGACCUGGGUUCCCAUUUCCCCAAUGAGACAGGCCACGCAGACGGACGGGACGAGUACAUGCCUGUCGAAGAGUGUGGGGACAUGCUUAUCAUGGGCCUCGCACUGAUCAACUCAUUGAUGUACUCGGACAGCUCAGCAGCACAGUCAAGAUGGUCCACCGUUGGUAGUCAAGACUUUGACGAAAGUAAUGAGAAUCCCUUCUCGCUUGCCGAGAUAGGGACUGUUGACGGUAUCGAGUACAUUGACAAUUCGUGGGGUGGCGUAUUGAAGGGCCCUAAGCAGGCAAAAAAAUGGCUCAAGAACAGCUACCGUCUGUGGAAGCAAUGGACCGGCUACUUGGUGGAAUUCUCUCUAGAGCCAGCAAAUCAACUAUGCACCGACGACUUCGCCGGCUGGCUUCCGCUCCAGACGAACCUCGCCUUGAAAGGUAUCAUCGGUAUCAAGGCCAUGAGCGAGCUAUCCUCAAUUCUCGGCGAAGAUGCCGACGCAAAGAGGUACAAGAACAUCUCGGAAACAUACAUAACCAAAUGGGAGGAAUACGGCAUGUCCCGCGACGGCUCGCACGCAAAGCUGGCAUACGACUGGUAUGGCAGCUGGACAACUCUAUACUCGCUCUACGCCGACGCCAUCCUAUGCUUCCACCCUUCAUUCUCAAACAGCUCUGCGCCCACGUUUUCGCCAGCGCACUCUGGCGAGCAGAAACCCAUCUCUGGACCCAUCUCCUCCAACAGCAAAGACUUCAUCCCCACGUCAAUCUACAAGAAGCAGUCCGACUGGUACGCGGCCGUGAUGCAGAAAUACGGCCUCCCGCUCGACUCACGCCACCUGUAUACAAAGUCGGACUGGGAAUUCGAAUCCGCCGCCGUGGCUUCUUCGGACGUGCGUAAAGAAAUCCUCCAACGAGUCGCGAAGUGGCUAAAUGAGACGGUGACCGAUCGCCCGUUUACGGACUUGUACAACACCGAGGGCGACGGCGGGUUUCCCGGGCCAAACUUCUUUGCACGGCCUGUUGUGGGAGGGCAUUUUGCGUUUUUGACGCUUGAGAGGGCGUGUGGUGGGUUGGGUAGUGUGGGUAUUUUGGAUUGA